AUGUCUGCCGAAGACCUGCACGUGGAGGACCUGAGCGUGUCGGACGACCUCGAGAUGGACGAGGUACCGCAGCUGGUCGAGCCACUCGCCAAGGUCCCCUUGACCGUCUUGACGGGCUAUUUGGGCGCCGGAAAGUCGACGCUUCUCGAUUACAUCCUCAAGGAGCAGCAUGGUAGACGGAUUGCAGUCAUCAUGAACGAGUUUGGCGACACGACCGACAUCGAAUCCAAGGCCAUCUCUGUCCAGUCGGACGAGGCGAUGGUCGAAGAAUGGCUCGAACUCAACAACGGCUGCCUCUGCUGCUCCGUCCGCGACACCGGCUUGCUCGCCAUCAUCAAUCUGAUGGAGAAGAAGGGCCGCUUCGACCAGAUCAUGCUCGAAACGACUGGACUUGCCGACCCUGCACCGAUCAUCGAGUCUUUCUGGAACGAGCCGGCGCUGAACCUGGAGGUCGGACUUGACGCAGUCGUGGCUGUCGUGGAUGCCGCAGGAAUCGAGAAGCAACUACGAGAACCCCGGCCGGACGGCUCGUACAACGAGGCUCAACGGCAAGUCGCAACAGCCGACGUUAUCCUGCUCAACAAGGUUGACUUGGUUCAGCCGGAAGACCUCGACCGGAUAGAAGCUGCUCUUCGAUCUAUCAACUCGACCGCUCUCAUCCAUCGCACCACCCGCUCAUCAAUAGACCUCUCCCUUAUCCUCGACCUCAACAUCUACGCCUCGCCCUCCAUCCCCAUCCGCCCCGAAACUCUCGCGCCUUUCGCACAACCCGACGACAAAGCAGAAGAAUGCGCAGGUUGCAAGCUAGACGGCUCGGUGCACUCCCACACUCAUCCGACCACAUCAUCCUCCGCUCACAUGAACGACAUCUCCUCUCUGACCAUCCCUCUUCCGGUCCUUCCGUCCGUCGAGAACGGCAGCGCCUUCUAUCGCGUCGUCUCUCGCCUCAUCUGGGACUCGCAACUCCCCUCCGCCUCAACGUCUUCCGCCGAAGACUCGCUCACCCUCGACCUCCUCCGCACGAAAGGCUUCCUCCGCACGCUAGACGGCCAGAGCUACAUCCUCCAAGGCGUACGCGACAUCUUUGACAUCUCGCCUGUCCCGCCUGCGACGGUUGCGAAGGAGGAGAGGGAGGUCAAGCCCAAGUUGGUGUUGAUUGGGAGGGGAAUCAAGGGGCGCGAAGGGGAGAUCACGCGAAGGUUUGAGGAGGGACUGAGAGAGGCGCUGGAGGAGGACGAAAGGGAGGGUGGCAACAACGUGGAGGGGGACGAGAACAUGGCGGAGUAG